AUGGAGUCUUCCACGCCAUCCUCUAGUGAGUCAUCCGCCCAACAUCCAGGCCUCUUCAAUCCUGUAUCGGCAAAGUCGAAUUCGACAUUUCAUUUGUUCCCAAACCUCCCCAAGGAAGUCAGGGACAUAAUUUGGGAGCAAAACCUCAUGUGCGAGCGAUAUAUCGCGGUUGAGCUUUGGGGCAGGGACGGGCCAUCUGGCGAAUUCUGUCGACGAAUAUCACCCCCUCGCCACCCACCUGUCAAUCAACAUUAUAAAUUAGUGCUCAUCAAUCCUCCAAGACCUAAUGCUAUUUGCGGCACCAGUGCCGAAUCUCGCGCAAGCGCUUGUCGAUUCUACAGGGUACAUCUUCCUUGCUACUCCGUCAAGGGGUCUAAGUUACACGCACCAGGAACGCUUUGGUUCAACCCUGAGCUGGACACUCUGGAGAUUCACGGAUUGGAACAUUUUACAACCUUUGCAAACGACAUUUGGCGCCAUGAUCGCGAAAAGGCAGGACUACGUAAUUUAUCUCUUAGACUCAGGAGUAGUCUCUCGUUUGGUCGCUUUUAUGAACUUGCCGCUUCAACAGACCAGCUUCGCCAAGUUAUUGGCCGACUUCGGUAUGUCACCUUUAUACAUUACACUGAGUGGGAUAGAGUAAACAUGGCUUUCGCCAAGUAUUUCAGCUGCUGCCUCGGCCGCCAGUUCCCAUUGAGGUAUCCCCGUUCACUUCCUGUUGCGGGGGCGACUGGUAGCUUUUCACGGCAGCAAGACCCACGUCCUAUCGAGGACGAUAUACUCAAUAGUAUCUGCAUUAUUACCUUCUCUGAUUCUGGGCAAAUUGUUCAGGAUUGGAUGAGCGGGUUUCAGCGUCUCAGACCGACAAUGCCAUGUGACUUCAGAUUUGCAUAUGCAACCGACGGAGCUGAAUCGCCAUUUAUUACCAAUACAGCGGGUGCUAUGGAUUAUCUCAAGGACGAAGGUAAAAGGUGGCAAGAGUAUUUUGACAGAGGAACAAUGUCACCCCCUGAAGGGCCAUGGCAAUUUUCAAUUGGGACCCCAAAGCAGCUUGAUAGCGAACUUCAAACUGCAUUUGGGUUUUGGACUUUUCCUCUCGAGCCUCAAGGUCCAUUAGGUAAGGACCAUCAACGGCCACGAGGCUUCUUGAUACCAUUUUACGAUUUUUCUGCCUACCAACCAGAGCUAUGCGUGUUUCACUUAUAG